CGCCGGGGGUUGCGGCCGCCGCUUCCAACUGGUCUCGGCCAACAGCCGCCCGCGGCCGCCUAUAUAGGGGCGGCGGCGCUGCCUUCCUGCCCUCCGUCCCCGCAUCCAUCCAUCCAUCCCUCCUUCCUUCCUUCCCAGGGUCAGGCGUGGCUGCUCCUCGACCGAGUGCCGGCGUGGGGGCGAUGCACCGCACCGGCGAGAUGAGCCGGGCGGGCCGCCUGGAGCCCUGCCCCGUUGCCCCCCGCGGCGGCCGGGCCGUGCUGGGGGUGCUGGUGGAGAACGGGCAGCAGCGGCCCGGCGGCCAGAGUACUGCUGUUACCAGACACCUUCCUGUCUCUAAGAAUGCCAUCCCUCCAGCUGGAAAAGAUGAAUUAUCCAGCUACAUGAUCAGUGCUGCAUCAAAGCAGGGGUUUACUAUCUACAUAGAUGAACCGGAACAGAAAGAAAACUACAACUGCCAAGUGGAUGAAGAGCUGGAAUCAAGCCUGUGUGAACUGGAUACUAGUGCAAUGACAUCCAGUGUUCACCUACUGCUGGAUCUAAGUACAGCUUCUCCUAUGCUAGUGGAUACAUCCUUCCAGUCUCACCCUGUGGAACAGAUGGGAGAUGUCAUAACUCUAAUGACUGUGGGAGAGUAUGCAGAUGACAUUCAUCAGUACCUCAGAGAAGCCGAAAUUAAAUACAGGCCCAAGCCCCACUACAUGAGGAAGCAACCAGAUAUCACAUCAGGAAUGCGUGCCAUCUUGGUAGACUGGCUGGUAGAAGUAGGGGAAGAAUACAAACUUCAGACAGAGACGUUAUACUUGGCAGUGAACUACCUGGACAGGUUUCUCUCCUGUAUGUCUGUUCUCAGAGGGAAGCUGCAGCUUGUAGGAACAGCAGCGAUUCUUCUGGCUGCGAAAUACGAGGAAAUCUACCCACCAGAAGUGGAUGAAUUUGUGUAUAUAACAGAUGAUACAUACACAAAGAGGCAGCUGCUAAGAAUGGAACACCUGCUUCUCAAAGUGUUGGCUUUUGACCUCACAGUGCCUACUAUCAACCAGUUCCUCCUUCAGUAUAUUCAGAGGCAUGGAGUCUGUAUCAGGACAAAGAACUUUGCAAAGUAUCUUGCAGAAUUGAGUCUCCUUGAAGCUGAUCCUUUUCUGAAGUACCUUCCUUCACAAACUGCUGCAGCAGCCUACUGUCUAGCAAACUACACGGUGAACAGGUCUUUCUGGCCAGAAACUCUUGCUGCAUUCACUGGGUAUUCAUUAAGUGAGAUAGUGCCUUGCCUGACUGAUCUGCACAAAGCAUGCCUUGAUGCUCCCCGUUGCCAACUGCAAGCAAUUAAGGAGAAGUAUAAGCACUCAAAGUAUUUGCAGGUGUCUCUUCUAGAGCCCCCAGCGGUUCUUCCUCUACAAUAGGGAUGGUGGAUCCUGGACUUUGAUAACUUCUUCCCAAUCUACAAAGCUGGUCUAACACUUCAUUGAACACUGCAGGUCAUGUGUCUGUAACCAUGGUGACCAGAAUGGUUUUUAGCUAGCAUUUUUUAAUUAGAUGCCUUUUAAAAAAAGGAUAUUAGACUAUAGCUCUUAAUAUAUCUGACAGCACUUUUAAUAAAUGUCUUAUUACACUUCCUCUGAAUUUUCUGACUCCAGUUAAUAUCUGCAGUAAUGGUGUGUGGAAAGGUUUUCUUACAAAGUAAUUGAGAUGGCCUUUUAUGUUAGCUGGACUGGAUAAAUGUAUCAAGCUUUGUUGGUUCAAACCACAUGUCCACAGACAGGUGACUGGCUGCAGUGUAUUACCUGUUUUUUUCCUAUUCUGAUACAAGAUCAUGUGGCCAUGAACAGAACCUCUUUUCUGGAACUUGUUUGCCACAUCACAGCAAAAGCAUCCACAGGCAAGUGGUUUAUGAACACUCUACAUAUGUGUAGAAGACCAUCAACGCUGAGGUAAAAAUUAAACUUCCAUUCAGAGUGAAAUAGGGCAGCAUCUUCUGCAGGAAGACGGAUGAAAGGGUGGUUUGAAGAACCUUAGGAACCUUUCCAAUGCAGGAGGAUUCCCUGUAAUAAAAGGCAAUGUGAAAAGCUACAAGCAAGAACAUGUAAGGCCCUGAGGGGCUGGAAUAGAGCUGGAUGGCUCUUGGCAUUAUACUUGUGGUAUUUGAUGGUUUUGUGACUUAGCUGUCUGAGGUGAUGACUUCUGCCACUUGAACACUGAGUGUGUAAUACUCUGCAGUUUCUAGAGGAGCCAUCACUGUCAACAGGAAGGAAGGGGUGGAAACUCCUAAGUUCUUAACUAUCUUAUCCUGUGUUGCUAUGCUGUUGUACCCCUCAGUUCUUCACUUGAUAAUGAUUAAAAAAAUAAUAAAAAUCCACCAAAACCUACCUUG